AUGGCUCUGCUUUCUCGGAUAUUUCGAGCUGCAAUCUCUAACCCUUUCUUAAGAGUCAAGAGAAGCUCAAGAAUAAAGUUUGUUAAUUCGGCUUACACCCUAGACACAAGUGAUGAUAGUGAUGACAUGACUAAAGCCCUUGGACCAAUUCCUGGAGACCCUUCUAAUCCUCCGCGAGGUCUAAAAACAGAUUGGAUAGAUAUUCCUACUGAUGAUGUACUUGAAUUAGCAGGUAUUGAAAAGCCCAGAACUCCACAGCCUGCUUAUAUGUGCUACCCUGUAGGCACUCAAACCUGGCAUAUCUUUAACGCUGAAGCACUUCCGCUUGGCAGAAUGGCCACAAAAAUCGCAUAUUAUCUCCAAGGAAAAAACCAGCCAAUUUAUAAUCAUUCCCACAUCACAGACAAAAGUGUUGGGAAUUUUGUAGUCGUGGUUAAUGGUAAAAAUCCUAUGGUCUUGGGACCAAAAGGAAGAUCAAAAUUAUAUCGCAGCCAUUCCAGAUAUCCAGGCCACUUAAAAGAAAUGACAAUUGGACAAGUCCUUGAAAGGCACCACUGGAGAAGAGUAGUAAAUCAAGCUGUUAGAGGCAUGCUUCCUAGCAACAAUGUUAGGCCCCAUUAUAUGCAAAGGCUCUUUAUUUACCCUGAUUUAUAUCAUGACUUCGAUUUUCUCCCUCAGUUUGUACUUACACCCUCUUUCGCUGGCUAAGGUCAUCUUUUUUUAAAAUUUUUAUAUUAAAUUAUAUUUAAUUUGCAAAUAUUUGAUGAAAUUUAUGUUUAGGGUGUAAAUUUUAAUAGAUUAGCAAGAGAUCUUGCUAUCGUAAUAAUUAUUAUCUAUUUAAAAAAUUAUAUUACAAAGUAUUUUUACUUGCUCUUAAAUGGUCUCUAAUUUUCCCAAAAUAUAAAUAAGGGUUAGAAAAGCGCCAGACAUUAAUGAAGUUUAUAAUUUCCAAAGUUUCAUUUCUGAUCCUUCUGCAAAAAUCAUAUAUACAACAGACCCCAAUAAACUUCCUGAAGAAAUCAAACAUCUUAAGUAUGAGCCUGAAAAUUUCGAUAAAGAAGUCAAUUAUCGUGAUAUUUUCCCGAAAGAAUAUACAAUGAAAGAGAAGAGAAAGAUCAAGAAUUAUCUUGGAUUAGGAUUUAAGAUUACCAAAGAUUAGGGCCUCCUUAUUUAACGCCACACCACAGGCAGGCAUUGGAAAAGGCAUGCUCAGCACCAGACAACCACCCUAGAUUUGUCAGCAUUACUAUCAGAGAUAGUAUACGGUUUAGAGACUUGAAAGUUGUUGCUUCUGUGAUUAGAGUUCAACUAAACUAAACUCCCUAGCUGUAUCGGUAAAGCCAUGUUUUUAUUGCCAGCAUAGCGACAUCCAGAGCACAAUGCCUUUCUUUUCAAAUACCAUUGGGAAGACUCUAAGUCUUCAUUAACAGAUGAGGAAGGCAAAUUCCAAUCGAAACAUAAACAUCCGGAUCCGUUUCUGCUCGGUUUGGCUUCGGACCACUUCAAGGUUGUCAAACUCUGAAAGUUUGAAGAGGACAGGUCGGUGACUUCACCAUUUUAUUUGUGUAGAACUAUCUAAGGAAGCUAAGAAGAUAUAGAAUUUUCAAUCAUCGAACAGGAAGAUUUGAGAUGAUCUAA